UAUGGCAACAUUGUAUGCAAUAGAACUCUACAAAAAGCAAAGCAACCUAGCCUGCGAAAACAAACGCAAAGCAACAAUACAAACACAGGCGAAAUCAAAUUAUAAGACACAGACGUAAUAUAUGCGUGAAAAACUAGCUGGCAACAAUAACAGUUGCGUGUGUUAAGCCAAAUGUCAAGAAAAACUAGUAAAAAGCGACGCAUCAAAUAAAAAUUUAGUGUUAAGUGCUAUUCGACUAUGACUUCGGUUAUAUAUGUGGAUUUGAGCUCGGAUUCGGAGGAGGAGGUAAAAGCGCCAGUGACAUCGCCAACGUUCAGCUGGUGUAGAAAAGGCCCACCUGAUGUCAAGCGAGCGCGUCGUGACCAGGCAAGGAUGUCCACGCCGAAAGCCCUGCCCACAAAACUGUUGCAUAUACCAAAAGCGUCUCUUGCAACGCCUGUCACUGGCAUCAAAGCAACUCCAACUGCAACGACGACAGCGACAGGAACCGGAACAAUAGUAGGAACUUACAGGUCCAUGCAUAUACCCAGCGGCAUAACGGUUACCAAGCACAACAACAGCAACGGCAAUUUCAACAUGUCCACUGCGAAAAUCUCGCUGGAGAACAACAAUAAUAGCAACAGCAACAAUAACAACAACAAUAAUAAUAAUAACAAUACUGUGAAUAAUAAGCCAUUUAAAUUGUCGGGUGGCAACUGGACCAAGGCAAUAACUGGCACCACAAUGGCAACAAUCACCAGUGUACCCAUCCCCCAGAUGCUGACAUCCAAAGCGGCACAAAAAACCGCCACACAACUGCACAAGGCGCCGAUGAAGCAGAAGGCGGCGACGUUGGGGCAGCAAAAAACUGCGCUACUGCAGCAGCAGAAGCCGUCGACGCCGACGUCCCUGCAGCAACAGCAGCAGCUGCAGCCGAAGCCAACACUGACGAUGUCAAUGCUGCACCUGCAACAGCAGCAAAAGCCGUCGACGCCAACGUCCGUGCUGCAGCUGCAACAGCAAAAGACGCCGACGUCGACGCCCAUGCAAAUGCAACACCAGCAGAAGCCGUCCACAUCGAUGUCGCCAUUGCAAUUGCAGCAACAGCAAAAGACGAAAGCGCCGACGCCGCCCUUGACGCCACAAAAGCCAAUGUUACAACAACCGCGGCUUAUAAAGCCGAAGGCUCUGCCAGGUCCACAGCUGUCGUUGACAAAAAAGCUGCCCGUUAAACUAAAGCCGCAAGCAGCACAGCGUUUGCCCACACUGCAAAAGAUGCCGUCGACAAUGACGCUAACGUCGCCCGCGCUGCUGCAGCCGAAGGCCGGGCAAUUGCCAUCGCCGGCACAGAAGCUGCCACCGCCGGCGCACAGUGGCAACAGCAACGUGAUGGUGCACAAACAGAAGCAGCAGCAGCUGUCGUUGACGUCGACGUCAACGCUUGCACCGCCACCGCCGGCGCAUCAUUCGACAGGCAGCACGCCGCCGCAGCUGGCGAAGCUAACGCCAAUGCCUAUGCUGAGCAGGCUGAAUGUGGCGCUGUCCAAUCCCGCUUACAACAACAGUGCAGCCCGCACGUUGCCAUACAAAAUGAAAACAACAACAGCAACGGCAACAACAACAGCCAUGCGAAGCGUGCAGCCCAGCAGCAGCAGCAGCAUAACAUCCUCCACGCCCAUGACGGCUGGCGCUACGCCGCCCCUUCGUUUGCUAGCCACGCCUCCGCACUGUGCUGCGGCGCUGAAUGAGCCGCUGUUACUCAAUCUGCCGCCCACCACGAGCAUAACGCCACAGCUGACGCCAACAACGACGCCGCCGCCGGCCGCAGCGCCAGCUGCAGCAGCAGCAAAAAUAACAUUUCCCGGCGCCAGCAUAUCGCCUGUGCAAAAGCCCGCAGCCAAGCGCGUGCAGCCUAUAACGGUGCUCAAGAAGUCGGAUGACGAGUGGCGCAGGCAUCUUGCCCAGCAGCAGCUGCAGGAACUGAAGCAAAAAGAUAGGCAGAACUCCACGCCCACCAUAGUGCUAGUGGAAUCGCCGCCAACAACGCCGCCCACAGAAAAAGUGGAAAAUGAGCAGACCAAGCGUAAGACGCCGCCUGCUGCAGUUGCUCCACCUGCUGCGCCAGUCGCAACAGCUGUGUCCGCGGCAAAAGCCUCGCCAGCAGCUGCAACAGCAACACGUGCGCCCCUCGUGCCGGAGUAUACAGCACUGCUGCAACUGUGUCGCGAGCUGGACAAGUCGGAGGACAUGGAGCGUCUGAUUGAGAUUAAAUUGCUGAAAUAUUAUUACAGUGUGCAUGAGAAUUUUGUGCGUUCGCGCGGCUUUCGCAAGCAAUUGGAGCAGGCCAUGGAGCGUAUGCGCAAUGAGCCGGAUAUGAUUUAUGUGCAUCUCAAGUGUAUCGUCGAUGAGCUGAAGGUGCGACGCAAGGCCAAGGUUGUCGAGCUGCCGAUGGACGAGGCGCCGCCGACUGAAGAAAAGGCAGCAGCGCGAAUUCCAGCGACAGCAACAGCAACAGCGCCAGCUGGAGCCGCAACAGCAGCUGAGAUUAAGACAGCGGAGCCAGCUCCGGCGGCAGCACCGACAACAACACCCAGCACGGGCAAUAAACGCAGCGAUGAGCGCAUCCGGAAACUCAAUCGAACAUUGUACACUAUAACGAAACGUAUUAGCGCCUUGGAGGAGGCGGAUGUCGAUUGGAAUGACGAUGAUGAUUCCAGUUAUCUGCAGGUGGAGCGCUACAAGAAGCGCGCCUGUCAGAUCUAUGAGAAAAUCUGUGAUCUAACCGGUGAAAGUAAAAGCGCCCAUCGCCAGAUGAAGCAGCCCAUAUUAUUUAAGGAUACACCAUAUCCGCAAUUUAAUCGCACACUUUCCGCGUUUGUCAAUCGCAUGCAUGAAUUUCCCGAUUACCACGACGUGCUCCAGCUGCUCGAGCAUUGCAAUAAGGAGAAGAAUCUGGGCCUGGCUACAUUCGAAAUGAAGCGCAUAGCUCAUGAUGCCUUCGUCAAGGUGGGUCGUCUGCUGCAAGCGAGGCGCAAGACUGAUCUUUACGAGACCGUCACACAUUUUACGGCCAAUGCCAAGGAUCCGGCGGCCUCGGAUGCCGCUCUACUGGCCAAGCUGAACGAGAACAACAAGAAGCAAACUAAAAUAAGUGAUAUACUGGAAAAAUUUGCGCGCGAGCAGGAUCUCACCACAGAGGAGCAGCGCGAGGCGCGACUCAAGGAGAAACAGCUACAGGCAACAGCGGCAGCAGCAGAAGCAGCAGCGGCGCCGACGACGGCCAAUGAUACAGCCAAAGCUGCCGGCGAUGAUGAUGACAAGCCCUGCACUAGCGCGCAGGCGGCGCAAGCAGCCCAGGCGCAGGCUCAAACAGCGCAAAUCGUGUUGACCAAUGGCCUACAAAAGCAUCGGGACAGCGAGCACGAGAGCGACAGCGAUGAGGAGGAUGAGGAUGAUGAAACGGAUGAGGAUGUCGAUGCCUUUGUGGACAACUUCAAAGCAAAUGGCGAAAUAAGCGAUGCAGAGUCCGAAACGGAAGCGAAUGCAGCACCAAAGACAUCUGCCGCGGCGGCUGCUCAUGUGAUAGUUAAUAAUAUAACGAGAGUCAAGACUGCUGAGUCCAGCCCCAAGGUUGCAAAUAAUGAUAUUAAUGUUGAUAUUGUUAAUGAGAAUGCGGCUGCCAAGACGCUGCCCAAUGGCAAGCUAAAGGAUGCAUCUGCUCCCCAUACGCUAAAGGUCAUGUCCGUUUCUAGUCUAAAUGCCACUCUAUACGCCAGCAGUAGCAACAACAAAAACAACAACAACAAUAAUAAGAACAAGAGCAACAUUAGCAGCCCAGAGCAGCCGCAGCAGCAGCAGCAGCAAAAGAAACAACAAAUCUUAAUAGACACAGAAAUUAUCAUUUCGGAUGAGGAAUCAUAGAUGUUUUUUCUACCGUUACACCAUUUUCCAUCACAUCAGCAAAAUGUUAGUUUAUGUUUUUAGUUAGAAUUUAUUUAUUUAUCUCAUAUAGCGCACAGUUUGUUAUACUUCCAUUUACUUUAUACGUUGUUUUGCAUUCAGUGAAUUGAAUUACAUCUGUAUUUUAUGUAUCAUAUAUUAUGUAUCAUUUAUUUUCCAUAUUAUGCAGCACUUUGUGGAUGCUGUGCUAUAUCCUAAGGUUUUUACGUGCGCAAAAAAUGCUUGGAUAGUGUAAAUAUGAAAUGCAACUACUAUUAAUUAAGUGUAUGUUUUAAAAAAACACUAAUGACAUAAGAAAUAAAUGAAAAUUAAAAAUAA